AAGUCACAGAAUUGCUUGCUCAACACUACUCCUUACCAGGCUGUAGAACUUGGCUGUCCCUACCUUGUGGUAUUGAAUUGACUUCACCAGAUCACGGACUUCAACUGGAGACGGCCCUCACUGGCUUGCAGGGUGUGGAUUGAAACUUCCCUGGCCAGGGCUCAGCAACAAAUCUGAAGGCAAGAAGGUAAAAUAUAAAGUGCAUGCUGAAUUUGCAAGACCUGAAAACACGUGGGAAACAAAGACAAUGAAGUUAUGAAGACUGUAAGAACAAAGCUCUCAUUGCCAUCUCUCCAUCUGUAUGACAGCAACCAGUUUUUACAAUGGACUCUCUUAUUGCAGCAAAUAGCAAAUUUAGCUUCGAUUUCUUCCAAGAAAUUAGCAAAGAUGACAUUCAUAAGAAUAUCUUUGUCUGCCCUCUGAGCAUCUCAGCUGCCUUUGGUAUGGUCCGCCUGGGAGCCAGAGGUGACAGUGCACACCAGAUUGAUGAGGUAUUACAUUUCAAUGAACUUUCCAAGAGUGGAAGCGAAGAACCCUGUUCAAAAAGCAAAAGCGAAGUGUUGUCUGACAGCUCUCCGGAAGGGCAGAAACAGACGCCCGCGGCUCAGGAGCAGCAGGAUGACUCUACAGAUGAGAAUGAACUGCUCGGCUGCUACUUUGGGAAACUUCUCUCCAGAUUAGACACAGCCAAAGCUUAUUACACUCUGAGUAUGGCCAACAGACUCUAUGGAGAGCAGGGAUUCCCAAUUUGCCCGGAGUACUCUGACGGUGUAACUCAAUUCUACCACACGACAAUUGAAAGUGUAGAUUUCCGGGGGGACACUGAGAAAUCGAGACAAGAGAUUAACUUCUGGGUUGAGAGUCAGUGUCAAGGUAAAAUCAAGGAGCUGUUCAGCAAGGAGGCUAUUACUAAUGCAACUGUGCUGGUACUAGUGAAUGCUGUUUACUUCAAGGCCAAGUGGGAGAAAAGCUUUGACAGUGAAAACACAGUUGAUGCACCUUUCUGUCUAAGUGAGAAUGAAAAGAAGACGGUAAAGAUGAUGAAUCAGAAGGGGAAGUUUAGAAUUGGUUUCAUUGAGGAGCUGCAGGCACAGAUCCUGGAAAUGAAAUACACCAUGGGGAAGCUCAGCAUGUUGGUCCUGCUUCCGUCUUGCUCAGACGACAACGUGAAGAGUCUGCAAGAGCUUGAAAGCAAAAUAAGCCAUGAAAAAAUCAUGGCUUGGAGUAGCUCAGAAAAUAUGCCAGAAGAAUCAGUAUCCAUUUCCUUCCCCCAAUUCGUCAUGGAAGACAGCUAUGAUCUCAACUCUAUUCUACAAGGCAUGGGCAUUAAGGACAUCUUUGAUGAAACGAAGGCUGACCUGACUGGAAUCUCUAAGAGUCCCCGUCUGCAUUUGUCCAAAAUUAUCCACAAGAGCUUUGUGGAAGUAGAUGAGAUGGGUACAGAGGCGGCUGCAGCCAGUGGGGCUGUUGCUGCAGAGAAGGCCCUUCCAUUGGAGUUCAAUGCCGAUCACCCUUUUCUCUUUUUCAUCCGACACAACCCGACCCACACAAUUCUUUUCUGUGGCAGGGUCUACUCUCCUUGAACACCCUCUGGCUCUCAUGUGCCUGAGGUGAAUGGCAAUACACUUUUCCCUUUUGCAAAACAUGGGCACUUGCGUUUUUGCUGACUGCUGGAAGCUGAAUGCCUUCUGCCACAGUCCCACACUCAGUCCGUCAAGCCUCCCAAGAGUUUUUGUUCUGAUAACAUCUGUCACCGGAAGCCAAUUCUCUCCUGUCUGUUAAUGAAGCAGCCUUGCUGUCUCCAUAAUCUUUACUGUCUUAAACUUUCAAGCAUAUAAAUUCACCUUCUAUUAUUUGGAGGUCAACACAA